AUGUUGACGCGAGACAACCCACGCGACGAGAUCGACAUCGGCCGCCGAGUGAAAACCCGCCUAGCUCGAGUCCUUUUUAUCACUUGCAUCGCCCUUGUUGCGCCUCACCUCUCCUUCGAUCGACUGGGGCCGACGGCUUUUCCACUCAUCUUCGCAGUUCGCCUGGUCGGUGGAUACGAUCUCAAGCUCGCUGCAAAGCCGUGCCUGGCGGAGAAAUUUGAGCAGCUCAUCUUUGUCUCUGCUGGCUCCACCAACGUUGGCCGGCUUUCGAGUCGUACUUUUUCAUUGCUUGGUCGAGCGCCGCAGCAAGUGCGUUGCCAUAUUCCUGCGCACGGACGAAUAAACCGACCAGAUACGGUUCGACUUGCACUCUGUCGUUUGAGCCUCGUAGAACUGGGCAACACUCGCGACCAAGCUUUGCAACAAUCGGGCGACCGUUCGCGCACUUGGAAGAAUUUGCGACAUUUCACGUUCUUCAGAUACACCGAAACAAAGGGAUGCAAAGACAGUAGGCAAGAUUGCCAGCUGAAUAAGAUGAGCUCCUACAACUGGACCGGAAACGGAGCCUCCGACGGACAGCGGGGCAGGCCUGCUCGUCAGGCACAACCUGCCAACACGCCUUUCUUCGCAGGCGCGCCAGACCGGCCAGAGCGUCAAAGACCGAGCUCGGCAGAUCUCAACCCAUACGGCUCACAGCAGUCAAGCAAUUCGUCCAAUGAAGAUGACAAGAUGUCUUCAUCCACUCUGGCGAACAGCGCGAGCCGCGGGGUCCCUCUCCAUAGCGACUCGAGCUCGAGCAUACAGAGCAAAUCGCCCUUUAUGCACAAUAACGAUGUCAGAUCUGCUCUGCCCACUUUGCCGAUCCUCACUGCAUCCGGACCACAGCAAUCUUACAGAGGCGAAUCGAGACCGAAUCUCCAUCCCCAAUUCACGGAUGAUAACGUGCGACCGGCGGGCGCGAAAGGUCUGGCAGGUGCCCGCUUUACCCCUACUGCCAUGCAGUCUGGCAAUGCGUACAGUGCCAAUAACGACGGUGUCAGGAGGAAGAAAUCACUCGUAAGACCUGAUCGUGAAAAGAUUGACCCAGGUCAUCGACUCUAUAACUACCGCAAUCAUGCGGCGGCGAUGCAGGCUGAUGGCACCGGUCGUGUCGGCUAUUCUACAACUGGCAAUCAUCCCAAUACUGCACCUACGCAGCCUAAGCAGACCGUCAGCAUGUCAGGCAAUGUCAGACCUGGAGCACCCAACUAUGCAGUCCGAUCGAAUCCUGUCAGAUCUGCAGCAGCAGCUACUGUCGAAGGUCUACGUCGUGGACGAUCGAUCCUUGCGCGAGAGGAAGGCAUGGCAAACGAAUCCGGUCUCAACUUUCUCAAGCGCGGUCCCACUCGCACUGGCUCGGCGUCAAAGGCAGAUAUCUUAGCCGAUCGCAGGCGCCAACGAAUUCCGGAAGAGAAGGGCAAGAACGGCAAGGCUCCGCUCGGACCGUGGAUGAUAUAUUGCAACAUCAUCACCUGCUGCUGUCCGGGAUUUCUGCUCUCCGGAUGCGGACUGCGCACAAGGGAUAGACAGCGCGCAUGGCGAGAGAAGAUCGGUCUGCUCGGCAUCAUCUUCGCUCUCAUGGCCGGCGUCGGUUUCCUGACGUUCGGCUUUACGCAGAGCGUCUGUGGCAAACAGCCUCUACGAUACCGUGCUGGCACCGUUCAGGGCGGCUCAAUGAUCUACCACGGAUAUGAUUACUCGAUGGACAAAUUUGACCACCCCGCUGCAGCAGGCAUCGCAGGUGGUAUCGGCAACAACCCGCUCUAUUCAAAUUUCAAUGCAGGAUCCAAGGAUGGCUCUUUCCUGUUCCAGAACGUCAACCAAAAGUGCAAAGGCAUCAUCACCCCAGCAGCUGGCACUGGCAUUCCUGUCGAUGCCGAGGGCAACAUGGGCUGGUACUUCCCUUGCAAUAUCUACGAUCAGUAUCUCGGAAGCAGUAUGCCUAACAAGACAGGCUACGCCACCGGUACACUCUGUCACACCGCUUCGGAUGCUCGCACGCUCUUCGAGCAGACGACGACGCAAGAAGUCAUCGGCAUGCAACGUCAAGGCCCAGUCUAUUACACGUGGGAUGACAUCAAGAACGAUACGCGCAAUCUGGGCGUCUACCAAGAGCAUGUCCUCGAUUUUGACCUCAUCAAAUGGCUGGAUCGUUCCCAAGUCGACUAUCCGACUUUCUAUGACUCGCUGGCAAACGGCAAUACCAGCUAUUCGGGGCGAGAUAUCACGAUGCAGAUUUUCAGGGACUCGCAGCGCGAUCUCAUCAACUGUCUCAUCGAUACAAUCAAAGUCGGCGUCGUCGAUACUAAGACGAUUGGAUGUAUGGCGGCAGACGUCGUGCUUUAUGUCUCGCUUGUCUUCAUCGUCGGCGUCGUUACCAUCAGGUUCGCAAUGGCCGUUAUCUUUGGCUGGUUCUUGUCUUGGCGACUCGGUGCGUUCCGCAACGAAUCACUCGAGCAAAGGCGCACUCGUGCCGCUGCUAUCGAGCAAUGGACGGACGACAUCUAUCGCCCCGCUCCUGCGCGCUACCGUCCUAAUGUUCCCAAGUCUGCAAAGCAAGCACGAAAGAGUAUGCUGCCUACAAAGAGUCGUUUCUCCUCGGCCGUGCAAGCACCGCCAAAGCAGAACAGAGAUUUCACGCCUUCGAGUGAUCCUCGCCGUUCGAUGGCGCAGACUGCGUCCGUCUAUGGCUUGCCGGGCAAUAACAGCAAGGCAAAAUUCGCUUCUGGCUUGCGCUCGUCGCCGCCAAGCUCACCCAUUAAGGGCUCGAGGAGCUCCCAGAGUCUCGGAUUUUACAGCAAAGACAGCUAUGGCCAAUCACGUCGCUCAUCGCUCAGCGCAGAGGGCAUCAUGGGCUCGUGUCCUUUCCCGCUCUACGGGGUCGUGCCACAGCCGCCAAAGGACUAUAUGCCAUUCAACUUCCCCCUUGCGCAUGCUAUCUGUCUUGUCACAGCCUACUCGGAAUCUGUCGAAGGUCUGCGUACGACUUUGGACUCUCUUGCGACUACCGACUAUCCCAACUCGCACAAGGUCAUCCUCGUCAUUGCCGAUGGUCUCGUCAAAGGAUCCGGCAACAAGCUCACAACGCCUGAUAUUGUGCUUUCCAUGAUGCGCGAUCUCGUCGUGCCUCGGCAAGACGUCGAAGCGCAUUCGUACGUCGCCAUUGCAGACGGGCAUAAGCGUCACAAUUAUGCAAAGGUCUACGCUGGCUUCUACGACUAUGACGAUGAUACAGUCGAGACGUCGAAGCAGCAGCGCGUACCGAUGGUUUUGGUCGCCAAGACGGGCAACGAGCUCGAGCAAAAUGAUGCAAAACCGGGCAAUCGCGGCAAGCGUGAUUCUCAAAUGGUUCUGAUGGCAUUUUUGCAAAAGGUCAUGUUUGACGAGCGCAUGACGCCUUUCGAGUACGAGUUCUUUAAUUCGAUCUGGCGAUGCACUGGCGUCAGUCCAGAUCAAUACGAAGUCACUCUCAUGGUCGAUGCCGACACCAAGGUCUUCCCGGAUUCUCUGACUCGAAUGACGGCUUGCAUGGUGCACGAUCCAGAGAUCAUGGGUCUAUGCGGUGAGACCAAGAUUGCGAACAAGGGUGAUACUUGGGUCACUGCUAUUCAAGUGUUUGAGUACUACAUCUCGCAUCAUCUGACAAAGGCGUUCGAGUCUAUGUUCGGCGGUGUGACAUGCUUGCCGGGCUGUUUCAGCAUGUAUCGCAUCAAAGCACCCAAGGGUGCAGACGGCUAUUGGGUGCCUAUUCUUGCCAAUCCGGACAUCGUCGAGCACUAUUCCGAGAAUGUCGUCGAUACUCUACAUAAGAAGAAUCUCCUGUUGCUGGGAGAGGAUCGAUACCUGACGACACUCAUGCUCAAAACAUUCCCGAAGCGCAAGAUGAUGUUCUGCCCUCAAGCCGUCUGCAAGACGGUCGUACCAGACACCUUCCGCGUUCUGCUGUCGCAGCGUCGCCGAUGGAUCAACUCUACCAUCCACAAUCUCUUCGAACUCCUGCUCGUACGCGAUCUCUGUGGCACCUUCUGCUUCUCCAUGCAGUUCGUCGUCUUUAUGGAGCUUGCUGGAACAAUGGUCCUGCCGGCAGCCAUCGCAUUCACGAUCUUCUUGCUGGUCAAGACUGCUUUGCCGACAAAGCCAAAGCCCAUCAUUCCACUCAUCUUGCUUGGCAUCAUUCUCGGCUUGCCGGGCCUGCUCAUCGUCGUGACAUCUCGCCGUGUGACUUACCUUGGCUGGAUGCUGAUCUAUCUAUUCUCGCUGCCGAUCUGGAACUUUGUUUUGCCGACAUACGCAUACUGGAAUAUGAACGACUUCUCUUGGGGCGAGACACGCAAGAUCAUAGGCGUCGGUGCAGACAAAGGCAAUCACGGCGACAAGGAAGGUGUCUUUGACUCGACCAUGAUCACUAUGAAGCGGUGGACGGAAUGGGAGCGAGAUCGUCGCUUCCGAUCUGGCACACAGUCUCGCGAGUCAAUCUAUGAGUACAGGUCGGCCUCUCCUAAACGCUUGCCCAAUGAUCGACACAGCAUCGUAUCUUCUGCCGAUACGAUGCCCAAUGCCGCGCCAGCUGUUGGUCCAGAGAACUAUACUAAAGGCGGUCAGAUCCAAUACAACGAGAUCAGUCGGCCUCUCUUCUCGCCCCAGCAGGUGCCAGGCUACCAAGACUACGACUCGUCGCCUCGAGCCAUGCCUGUCCGUCGGCCCGAGAGCGUCGCUGUUCUCGAGCUACCCGCGCCGCUAGCUUCGCAAGCAGGUUCGGCUGGCCUAUACGAUCCUCCAUUUGACGAUCAUUCAUCGCGGAGCUGGGACGUCUCUUCGCGUGAUCAAGCGUCAACGCCAGAUUUGCCAGGCGUCGUCAGGCGGUUCACUGGCGCGCCGCCCUCCGCUGCGAGAACGCAAGAAGAGUACCCUCGUCAUCCUUCCGAUAAUUACGAUAGCGACGAUGUGGAGCGCGAACAUAUCCUAGAUCAUCACGUCUCGCCUGUCGUCAGUCCUACCAUGGGAUCGAUGGCAUUCGAAUCAGUCAGCAAUAACCCUUAUGCUGCUCAUCUGCGCAGCGAAUCACAAGACGCUAGCCGGCCAAUGACUGAUCAGCCUGCACAGGCUGGCGGCCUACGCGAAUCGAUCUCCAGCCGUUUCGCGCCCGUCUCGCUCGUCGACGAUGGCCCGACACCGUCUGAAUCUGGUGACAUACGUGUCGUCCAACGACAAAGACGGAGCUCUAGCAAUCAGCACCUUCGCGGCGCAUCCUACAACGAGCCGAUCUCGCCCUCCCUACCACCGGGCGCAGGUCCGGCUCGAUAGACUUUGAUACACCCCUCAGCUCAUGACCGAGAGCUACACAACUUUUGCAGGCAGGCGAUCCUCCGCAGCAUGGACAUUCACUCUCUUGCGCGCAAAUCAGAACAGCAAUGGA